AUGACAUCUGGAACAGAUCGGGCCAAGCUGCCAUAUUACAAGGAUGAUGAGAUCUUAGUUGACUCAGCAGGUAUUCCACAUUUUUCUGGCGCAGUUCCAUCGUUGUUCAAGGAGUACAGGCAGCGUGUGUUGUUUGCAUUUCAAGGACUCGAAGGAGAUGGCAAGACCAAGGAGGAGGAAGAGCAGGAUUUAGCUCGCAAGCAACGACGCUUUGCACGUCGUCUCAUUGAUGGUUUGCAUGGCGAAGCAUGGGUUGCAUGCCAAGAGUUGCUGAAAGAUCCGGAAGCAUUGAAGGCAACAGAUGCAUACAAGAAAGUGUUUGAAGCCCUCGCUGGCAUUGAGAAGGAGGUGAUCAUUCGCAAGACAGAAGCAUUUGAGAAGUUUUUCGAUCGCAGCCAUCGUCGUCGAGGUCAGGACAUCUACACCUACAUCAGAGAGAAGCGACAGUGUUGGCGUGACUUGAAGGAUUUGGACGAUGCUUCAAACAUGUCGGAAGAUCUGCAGGCCUAUUUUCUGUUGCGUGGAGCCAACCUCAGUCGUGAAGACCGUCCUGCAAUCUUGUUGGCCAAUCGUUCAGCCUACGCCCAAGAAGGCAUUGAGCAAGCUCUCAAGAUCUCCUACCAUGAUUUGCAUGAACGAGAGAAAGCUCGUGGUGGCUAUGAUGAGAGUCGCUAUGUUCGCCGUAAAGGCAAAGGCAAGGGCAAGCGGCAGUACAGCCAUUGGGUUGAGGAUGAACCGGAUUCCGUAGAGCAAGAUUGGUUGGAUGAGUUGACAGAGGCUGAUCCGGACACCGUUACAGAGUAUGCAGCAGAAGCCCACGAUGAGACCGAGUGGGAGCCUGAGGAGCCUUCAUCAGACAUCGGUGCAUCAGGAGACGAUGAGAUCUUUCAGGCCUAUGCUGCCAUGGAUCGCCAGAGAAAAGGCUAUCAGGAGCAACGUCAGAAGCUCAAGAACUUGCAGAAGAGCAGAGGCUUUUUCGAAGGUGAGUUCACGUGGGAAGAGCGCCAGAAAGCCAUCAGUCGUGAGAAAGAGCGCUCACGAUGCAGUGCCUGUGGCCGCAUUGGCCAUUGGGCAGGUGAUCCAGAGUGUGGAAAGACCGGAGGAGACUCAGCAAAGAAGAAGGGCAAAUCUCGUGGCAAGGGCAAGCAGAAGAAGGGUUCAGCAAACGUUGUCAGUGAGAUGCCUUUCCCCAGUUAUUUCACGCUCGGUGAAGGAGAUGAAGACCUCGGUUUCGUCUGCAUGACCCAUGAUGAGGAUGAGAUGCCCAUUGAUGCAGGAGACCCCGACGGCCGCCGCCGUCGCAUUCGUGAGCGUGACCGUCAGAUUGCUGAGAGUGUGGUGAGCUUUCCAGAUGGUCCACCAGAACCAGAUCAUGGCUAUGCCCCCGAGCGAGUUGUCAUUUGUGGCGUGCCAUACCAGUCGGUUGAGGCAAGCACAGAGCAGACCAUCCAGACCCUUCGUGAGCUUGGCAUGGAUGUUGAGCGUGUUUCCAUCACCGAGGAGGAGCAGACCCUUACAUUGUAUGACAAGCGUGUGACUCAGUUGCAGGAGUUGUGCAUUGGCUUCAACAUUGCGCAUUCGGGUUUGAAGAAGAAUGAACUGAUUGAGCGUUUGUCGAAGUUCUUCGGUGGUCACCCAGUGCCAAUGCGUGGAGGAUCCGGAAAGAAGUUCAUUGUGAAGGAGCUCAAGGAAGGUGACCAAGGCAUCAUCAUCACGCCGAAAGCCAAGCCAACGGCGAAGCCAGCCGCCAAGAGCAGUCCGGCGCCCACCUUGCCGGAGCAUGCGCCUUUCAUCGGACCUCGUGGAAGGUACACACAAGAUGAGCUCUUCCAGGAGGACGUGCCAAUUUGGCACAUGAAGUGUGAGAUUUGCCAGGCGGCCAUGAUCGGCAAGAGCAAUCGCGAAGAUGGUGGCAAGUUCUAUGCAUGCAGUCGGUACCCGAUCACCGGUUGCAGGUUCACCAUGAACUAUCGUGAUGGCAUGAUUCGCUUUCUUGAGUCGUUGGCAAGAGUGCAGGGCUUGGCAGCAGCCGGUGCAGGGCCUUCAUCAGGCUCGGAGCAUGUGGAGGAGGAUCGAGCCUACAUGGUUCGAUCAGAGCUGCAAGAGAAUUCAAGAACCUUGAGUGCAGAAUUCGUUGAUGGUGAUGAGAAUUUAGCUGACCCGUCUCUUUUGGCUUUACCGGAGGAGUUGGAGCGUGCUUACCAUCAGAUUGGAGAAGGAGCCGACGCCAACGAGGCCAAACUAGCUCUCAUUGAUACAGCUUGUACGGCUUGCACGCAUUCUACAUGUUGGCGCAGAGCAUUUGAACAGUUCCUUCCACCUGGACUUCGUUGCGAACCGACGGAGAUGCGCAAGCAGUUCCAUUUUGCAAACGGGUCAAGCACACAAAACAGCGUGACAGUAUGGAAAAUUCCAUUGUGUCUAGGCGGACGCUUGGGCACUGUUUUCUCUGCUGAAAUUCCAGAAGGGAACACUCCAUUGCUUUUAUCCAUGUCAGCCCUGGAUUCUUUGGACGCAGUCAUUUUCAUGAGACAAAGGAAGAUUCGUUUGCAAGAGCUGGGUGUUGAAGCGCCCUUGGUACACACAAGGACGAAGCACAGAGCGAUUGAGGUGAGCUUUGACAAUUUGUUUGAUCCUGGCGAAGACACAGAGAAGCGAGCACCGAUCUUGAAAUCGGAGGCGGAAGAUUUAGCAGUCUAUUUUGCAGAGGAAGCUGAAGAGAGCAUCUUACAAGAUACCACACCUUUGUUACAGCUUGACAGCUUGGAAGAGGCAUUUAUGGUCAAACUUCCAGACCUGACGGCUCGUGGUGUGAGAAGAGAAGAUGCUAGAAAACAGUUGCACGCUGCUAGAUUUGAAGCCUUGCAACGGUCGGCCGUGUCGCAACGUGUUUUGGAUCAUCGCAUGUGGAUAGCAUUGAAGCACAAUGACAACAAAGCAGAAGACAUGGCAACAAACGGCUUUAGUUGGACUAUGAUCUUUGAACCAUGGUGUGGUACAUUCCCAGUGACAAGACUAGCUGCAGCAACAAGAGGUUGGAUCAACAGUCAGCCGCUUGAUUUGUUGGAUGGCUACGAAAUGUUGAGCAGUCGUGGCAAAGCUUUACUUGAUAACACACUGGAGCAACACAAUCCAUACUUGGUUUUGAUCGCUUUCGAUUGUCGUUUGUGGAGCACAUUUACAAACCUCAACAGACACAUUGAUUGGGAAGCUUUGCGCAAAACAAUAGGCAGAAUGACCCUCAAGCUGGUCGUGAAGAUUUGCAAAAGGCAAGUGCGAGAAGGGAGAUACUAUUUGAUAGAAAACCCUGGUGGAGCAUAUAGCUGGAUCUUUGAAGGAAUUUUGAUGACACUUGUUCAAGAGGGCAUUGGCAAAUUCAUACAGAGUGAUCACUGCCGUUACGGGAAAGUUGACCGCAUGUCAGGAAAACCAGUCAAGAAGCGGACAGGUUGGCUUUCGAACAAUGAGUUCAUCUUGAACCAGCUUGGACUUCAAUGUGAAUGUCCGCCGGGAGCUCAUGAGGAGAUCAUCGGACACCGCAGAUCAAAAGAAGCAGCAGUCUACCCUAGACAGCUUUGCGAGGCAAUCUUGAAAGGAGUUGAGCAGAGCAUUGUUGUUGACGUGUCUUCAGGGGAGGAGCCACCGCAACCGCGUGCACCUGGAAUGUCUGAGAAGAUCCGUCGUGAGAUGGAAGAGUUUGAGGCGAGUUUGCCUCCACCACCAAUGCCAAGAACAGAGUUGCCAGCAGAGGAUGAGCCGGAAACACCUUUUCCAGUUGACCCUUCAGGUGAUAGAGAUGUAGCAGUUCCUGAAGCAGAACCUGUACCACCAUCCCGUGCAACAGCAGCACCGAUGACACCUAGCAAUGUUUUGAGACGCAGGCCUAGGACUCAGGAGGUUCGCAGAGGUGCAUGGAGCAAGUUGCAUGGAGCAGAUGUUCUGUUGACAUUGCGUGAACCUUUACGCUGGAGUGUUGACAAUGGUGCAGUGAAUUGGUCUGUUUUGGAAGAUCAAGAGCAGCUUGCAAAACGCUUGAAGGACAUGGAGGUGGCGCAAACAGACGCGAACCUUAUCCUUGUUUCACGUGUCGCACGUCGUAUGAAGAAGCCGCAACCUUGGUUAGGCCCACUUGAGGCACCACUUCGGAAUGCCAUUCUGUUGAUGGACAAUGACGAUGUCAUUACAACAGGUUGGGAAGAGUGGACAAAGCAGCCAGUUUCUUCGCAGAUUCGAGCACUUCCUACAAGGCCUAGGCAAUUGGCCGUCAUGUUGUUUGGAAAGGAUGCACAUGCAUCACCUCCAGCGGAGGAACCGGAGCCUCAAGAGGCAGCUGAUGCAAAGUGGAAUCGUGUUCCACGAGAGUUGCGUUUAGCCCUUCGUCGCGUCCAUGUGAACUUGGGACACGCUAGGUUGCCAGACAUGUUGAGAUGUUUGCGCAUUAGUAGAGCAAGUGAAGCAGCAAUCAGAGCAUGCAAACUUUUUCGGUGCAAGGAGUGUCCUAGACGUUUGGAGCCAAAGAUCCCUCGAACUUCAAAGCUGCCCGUGGUCGAUGAAUUUGGCAUCAUUGUUGGACUUGAUGUUCUCGAGGAGAAAUGUGCAGAUGGCGUGAGUUGGAUCUGGUUGAAUAUACUUGAUUUGGCAACUACAUUCCAAGUUUGUGCAGUCCUCGACCAGUCACACCGCAAUCCCACAAGUGCUGAGAUCUUGAACGCUUUUACAACACAUUGGGCAAGCUGGGCAGGCAUGCCUGAAAAGGGCGUUGUUGUUGAUCAAACUCGGUAUUUUAUGGGUGAGUUUGCAAAGUUGCUUGAGGAGCAUGGCUGUGAAGUCAACAUUGCUGCAAAAGCAUCACCUUGGCACAUUGGCGCAGUUGAGAGACAUGGUGGUACCUGGAAGUCAAUCUGGCGUCGUGUUGCUUGGUCACAACAGAUCAGUGGUGUGCAGCAAGUGAGAGUUGCUACGGCUGAAGUGAAUAAGGCAAAGAAUGCCUUGUUUUACAAGCAGUUGCAGUUGAGAACCGCUGCAAGAGAAGCUUGCGUUCGAACUGCAAACAGUGAUGUUUUGAGAAGAGCAGAACUUCGCAAGGUUCGUCCAAGCCGUGGUCCUUUCCCAGUUGGUAGUUUUGUCUUUUACUAUGACACGUCAGGUGCAGAUGCAAAGCAUGGACCACAUUGUUGGAGAGGCAUUGCAAGAGUACUUGGACACGACGGUAGUCACACCGUUUGGUUGAGCCAUAGAGGUAUCCUUGUUGCAGCCUCACCGGAGCACCUCAGUUUAGCAGACGAUGAUGAAGUGAAAGGUUGGAUGGUGACAAGUCGUGAAUCAGAGUUGAUUGACGCAACACCCUCAGUCAGCUCAAACACCUUCUUGGACUUGAGGCGGAAGCUGCCGCCACCUCCAGACGGUUUCACUGAGGAGAUGGAUGACACGCCAGAGAUUCAACAAGAGACAGAUAGAGCAGUUGAAAAUGUUCCCAGACCAAGUGCAGUGGUUGAAGAAGAGCCGAAGGACGUCAUCAUGAGUCCGUCCAUUGCACCAGCAGAAGAAGCAGUUGAACCAGAGGAGACAGCCGAGGCAAGAGAAAAGAGGCUCGGAAAAGAAUGGUCCGAGCGUGAUCGGAAGCGCGUGGUCCGAUCCAGUGAGUUCUUCAAGAAGAAAGAGCAAGACCGCAAAAGCAAGAAGGCAGUUUCCAUUUCGUCUUCAAGGUCGGCGCCCUCUUCACUCGAAAAGAUGCUUGAGGAAGCGGCUAAAGCGCCCGUCGAUCCUGAAGAAGAUCCAGAGUUGGAAGGAUCCGAGAUGGUUCCUUUUGACCUUGAUACAGAUGAUUAUCAUCAGGCACAAAUAGCACCAGAGAUUCCACCGCUUGAAACCACCACAGCUAGAGCAGAGGCGGAGGAACGUGCAGCCAAACGCUUGAGGACUAACAGUCCAAAGCCACGUGAGGGAGCAAUGUUUUCCUACAUGGUUUCGCAGGACCCCAAUGUUUGGCUGGAGAGAGCACGAUCGCAGUACAUGGAGAAAGAGCAUUUUUACAGCAGUUUGCGCGUGAGUUUAGAAGAGUUUAUGUUUGGGGUUGAGCGAAAUGUUUUUGAUGAUCGGUUGGAAGCUCUACAUGAGGAGUGUUUUUCUUCAGAAAUGUCAGAAGCAAAUCCUCUUAGUCCCGGUGGCAGUUUGAAUGCAGCAGCAAAGAAAGGACGCAAAGAAGUCCAAUUGAAAGACCUUUCCCCAGAGAUUCAAGAAUUAUUUACAGGUGAAGGUGGAUCAGAUGGCAAAGAGUGGCAAGGUUGGCAAGACAAAGAUGCUUGCGAUGUCCUGAGUUUAGAGGACAGCCUAGAAGUGCGGCGCCAGAAGCCAGACUUGAUUGUUCCAACACGUUGGGUCCGCGCAAACAAAGCUGAAAACACUGCCGUUGAUCCAUACAAGGCGAAGUCGAGAUUGGUUGUCCAAGGAUUCAAAGACAAAUCCUUAGGGCGCUACCGCAGAGACGCCCCGACAGCUUCACAGAUCGCAGAGAGCAUUUUGCUUUGCCUUGUUGUUUACUUUCGUUUCAUUUUGAUCAGCAAAGAUGUGAAGAAUGGAUACUUUUGUGGCAAGCCUUUGGAACGGGAAAUUUUUCUUGAGCAGCCUCGUGGAGGCCUUCCUGGUUUGCAGCGUGGAGUUUUGUUGAAAGCAAAGAAGGCAAUCUAUGGUUUCGCAGAAGCCGCUCGUUUGUUUUGGCUCGCAUUAAGAGAACACUUGAUUAGCGAUGGAUGGGUUGAGAGUGUUUUGGAACCAGCACUUUUCUACCAUCGAAAUGAAGAUGGAGGUUUGAACGGUGUUCUUGGUGUGACACAUGUCGAUGACAUUGAAGGAGGAGUCGAACCCGGAUUGGAGAAAGAACUUUUUGCAAACAGUUCUAAAGCCCUUGAUUUCGCCACGAACCAUCGGCUCAAUUUCACUUUCAGAGGUCGUGAGUUGUCACAGCAAGAGCUGAAGGAUGAGCAUGGUCAAGUUUUUGGCGGCCACAUUGAUAUCAAGAUCGACAAGAGUCGAAGAGAAAAUGUGGACGCUGAAUUGAAUGCUGAAGAGAAAGAGAUUUUGAAUUCAGGAGCAGGUGAACUUGGUUGGAUUACCAGACAGCUUCGCAAGUCGAUCGAGGCCGGAGAUUGGAUAGCAGCGCUUUUACAUGAAGCCUUCCACGGUAGUGUUGAUUUGAAGAAUUGGCCCCAGAUCAUUGAGCAAAGAAUGAGAAUUUAUGUGACAGAUGCACGUUCAGUUUUUGAUUAUUUGAGUAAAGAUGCCACUUCGACCAGUUCAGAUAAGCGCAUGGCCAUUGAAGGCGCGCUUCUCAGGGGGACAGUUCGUCGUCCCGGUGCACAUGUUCGCUGGAUAGACGGUCAACAGAACACGGCGAACAUACUUACUAAAGCUGGAGCUGACAAAGAGGUACUUUUGAACUUUCUGAAAGAUGGAUAUUUUUCGUUGGUGCAAACAGAAGCAAAUCGGCUGCAGAAGGAGAAACAGCGAAAUCGUCGAGCCCAACAAAAGAAAACUAUGAGUGUGAAAUCCGCUGUUUUGCAGGUCGCAUGA